CGCCUGUAUUCUAUCUGAGCCCAAACACACCUUCUUUUGGCUUCUCAGUCAUAAGUCAUAAACUUCUUAUCUUUCCAGGUCAUGACUUGAGUGCUGUUGCAGCCCCUGAGUCAUAUUUCAUUGUGAAUGGUUAUUUGAUGUAAGGGCCCACUUGUGGAGAACACUGAAAUUCUAUUCUAUUCUAUUCUACAUUUCCGAACCACUUCUCCAGGGUCACAGGGAUGCUAGAGCCAUAUAAUAUUAUAUGUAAGCAAUAAGGUACGAGAGGCUGUGCUAUAUCAUGAAUAAGUCACAGCUGAAGGGCGUUGUUAGGCACGACGCGAAGUGUCGGCCCUUCAGCCGUGACUUAUUCCUGAUACAGCACUAGCCUCGUGUACCUUAUUGCUUUUAUAAAACGGUUACCACACAAUACAAAUAUUAAAGCCAAAAAUAUGUAUUAAUGCAACUUUCCUUAAGUAAACUUUAACUAAAAGCCUUCCUUCUGCUGGAAAAAAUAGUCCCUGACCAUGAACAGUAACAGAAGUUACAUUUUCACGCCAUUAGAUGGUGGCUUUAUGAGUGAGUCAGUCAGUAGCAAAGACUUUUACUUUGAAAAGACUAAAUUGUUGUGAACACGGAACAAGACGCAACUGACAAAUGCUUUGACUAGUGCUGUCAGUCACGGGAAAACCCCUUAACUGUUAAAAGGACAGGAUAAUACAUCGGACAUUUAAACAGAUUUUUUAUUAUGAACAGGACUGACCUUUAAGGAAAAUGCUAAAUCUGAAUGGAGGUAAUAAACUCGCUCACUCGAUCUCUUUCUCUUCUACAUAAUACAGUAAGCUUCAAUGAACAAUAUCAAUUGAGAACAUACAGUUUACAUUGCUAAGAGUGGUUGCUAAGGGUGUUGUGUAGUGAUACACAGAACCGUUGGGUGAAGUGGUCAUAGCCGUGUUUUAUCGUGAAUAAAACACAGCUAUUGACCAAUCAGAAUCAAGGACAAGAACUAACCAUUUUAUAAUACAUUAUAUAUUAUAUUAUAUUGAACUGAGCUGAAUAAUGACACUAUUAUCUUCUGUAGAGCUGCUUUGCAGCUGAAAUUGAAGUUGUUUCAAAAUUAAUGAAUUUUGCAACAAUAACUAUUAUUUUCCUGUUUAUUACUUUGAAGCUGCUUUGAAACCAUCUGUAUUGUAAAAAGCGUUAUAUAGAAAUAAAUGUAAGAAAAGAGAUAAUUAGAAGUUUGUCACCUUUGCACCUAUUGUAUUUUAUAUCAAAUAAUGAAGAUCAAACAUUCAACUUAUUCUAUUCUAUUCUAUUCUAUUCUAUUCUAUUCAAGGAUUACCUAAAACGUAAAAAAGCAUUAUAUAUUCUCAAACUACAGUUCCCAUAAGCCACAGUGGAUAGGUUACAGAAGAAGCAUUGGCCACUCCUCCUCCUCACAAAUGUGGAUGUUAUGAACUUUGCUCUGCUGUAUUUUUUCUAUAGGGUUGUAUGAUUGAGCUCAGGUUUGUAGCAUUGCUGCUUCAGAACCUGAUGGACAUGAUCAUGGGAAGCACGUUGGCCAAAUGUGCAGCCACCGACCUGGCCAUUCAGUGGGUCGGUUGGGCACUAGCGUCUGCUUUCAAAACGGAAAAGUUUUACGACUUGGCAGGAUCUGGUGCCUAUAUAUUGCUGGCUCACCUGAGUCGUGUAUGGGGCGGAAAUGGCUACCUUAGACAGAACGUACAAACUGGACUUGUGACUGCCUGGGGACUGAGGCUCGGGACAUUUCUCUUUCUUAGAAUCCUAAAGGAAGGACAAGACCGGAGGUUUAACAAUGUCAGAGACAGCCCUGGGACAUUCUUUGUGUACUGGACCAUGCAAGCUCUGUGGGUGUUUGUUACCCUCUUGCCCACCCUAAUUCUAAACAGUGAGAGAAGAGAUGAGCCCCUAGGCCCACGUGACUACAUCGGUUGGGGAAUAUGGGGGCUGGGUUUUGCUACAGAGGCCAUUGCCGACCAGCAGAAGUGGAAUUUUAGGAGUGAUCCAGAUAAUGCUGGAAAGUUUAUUCAUCAUGGACUGUGGGCAUACAGCAGACAUCCAAACUACCUGGGGGAGAUCCUGCAAUGGUCAGGGCUGUUCCUGUCUGCGUCCUCCGUCAUGCGUGGACCUCAAUACCUCAGUGCGGUUUCUCCGCUCUUCGUCUGGUUCUUACUGAGACAUGUUAGUGGGAUCCCCAUCCUUGAGAAGCAAGCUAUGAAAAAAUGGGGAUCGGACCCUGCCUUCCAAAACUACAUCAAGAACACUCCACUCCUAUGGCCCUUCCCAAAGUUUAAAGGAGAAUAAAGCAUAUUUACAGCACUUAUACAUACAUUGACAGCUUAUGUGAAUGUCUGGAUAUAGACACCCAAGUGUGGGUAAAAAAACACUACAUGGACAUCCUCAGUCCUAGAUCAAGUUUAUACCUUUUUCAGUACACCUACUUACUUAAUCCACAAGGACUUUCAAGAAAUCUAUCAAUACUUCCUUUUAUAUUGAUUCAACUACAGUCUUGUUACAUUCUAGCACACUUUUUACCUCUGAUUUUGUAUCGUAUUUUAAAUGUGAACAUUUAUGUCUCACCCCUCAUAACCCUAAACCCCAAUGCAAUGUGUUACAAAAAGACACAAAGGACUUGCAAUAAAUGAUUGUAUUUUACACACA